AUAUACAUACACACGCGCGUAAAUCAUAUCAAUUGCUUUUAAAGAAAUACAUUAAACGUUUUUCUUUUUGUUGGUGAAAUAUAAUUUUCGGCCUCUUAGAUGCCCGUUUAAUAGUCGCGACAGUCCCAAGGCAUCACAUUCUUCGUCCCCGCCGUAGCUUUCAACGUCACUGCCUUCACCGACUUCGUUAUUGUCGCUCCUGCUGCUACUCUCAAAGAAUCGAGUUACCAUCCAACUCGAAGUUAAACAGAAGCGAAACUUCUUUUUCGAAAGAUUCUCCACUUGGAGAAGGACCAAGAUGAAGGACCGAAUAGCAAUAUAUCUAGUUUUACUAGCAGGGCUCAUUACUGUAGCCAGAAGUGGCUACUUUAUGAGUUUUCCUUGGAUUAUGACAGCAAAUGAAAGGAGCUGGGCAUGUUUACAUUUCCGGGAUAUGACAUCAGCUAGUGUGGAAGUUAAUCUGACAACUUCAUCUAUGACACUUUUCUCUACAAAAGAAGAGUACCCAAAUGCAAUUGGAAACUGCAUUCCUAUUGAUGUUCCUUUGACCAACGAAAGAAAAGCUGUCCUUAGUAUCUAUGGAGAAGGAUUUACUGAGAAUUCAACAGUCACAUUUGAAGAUAGUCGUUCAAUCAGAAUAUCUUUUGAAAAGCUGAUUAUUCUUGUUCAACCUGACAAACCAAUUUACAAACCUGGUCAGACAGUGAAAUUCCGUGCUCUUUUAUUUGAUCGCAAUUAUAAACCCUGGACUGGAGAUAUUGAAAAAAUAUAUAUCACAGACCCUAAAGGUACACGAAUUGUUCAGUGGUUGGACCAGCAUGUUGAUGGUUUACUUUCCUUGGAGAUGCAGCUUUCAGAUGACCCUAUUCUUGGAGAGUGGUCUAUAAACAUUGAAGCAAACGGACAGAAAAGGAUAAAAAAUUUCAAAGUAGAAGAAUAUGUGCUUCCAAAAUUUGAAUUGAAACUUCAUGUGCCAUCUUACCUGAGCUUUGUUUCUGAGACUGUUGAUGUUGAGAUCUGUGCAAAGUAUACCUAUGGGAAACCUGUCUAUGGAAAACUCAAUGGUACAAUCUGCAUCGUAGGUUUAUAUGAAACGGAAAAUAAAAGGCCAUGCUUUACAUUCAAUGAAUAUAUCACUGGAUGUAAAAAAUAUUCUGCUAAAAGUGACCAACUUCAAUUGAAAAAUAUUUCAAUUUCUCUGUGGCAUGUUUUCUUACAUGUGCAUGCUACCAUUGUUGAAGAAGGAACUGGUAUUACCAAAACUGAGAAGAACGAUCAGCUUCCCAUUAAAUUACAGAACUAUGAACUAGAAAUGCAUCCUUAUGCAAGCGAAUAUUUCAAACCUGGCUUCCCACAAUAUUUAAAAAUCAUUGUAACCACCCCAGAUAAAAAGCCUGUACCUAACAUUGACAUUGAGGUUCAGAUAAAAGAUACUAAUGGAACAUUAAAUAAUUAUAUAACUGAUGAAAAUGGCAUGAUAAAUGCUUUAAUACCUGCUCAGAAGUCCAGUGUUAAGAGAUUAAGAAUCACGGCAGUUCCUACUUCCGACAAAAUGAAACUGGAUGAAAUGAAACCAGAUUCAAGUGCAGCUUUCAUGUACAGUACCGAGGAAGUAUUUGUCCUGUAUCAGUGGUACUCACUAAGUGACAGUUUUAUUUCUAUUGAACGAGUAUACAACAAACUACCAUGUGCCAAUGAAACUAAAUUUGCUUUUUAUUAUAAUUAUGAUCAAACACAAGAACCUAUGACUAUAUAUUACCAGGUCUUAUCUUAUGGCAAAACUUUGGUGUUGAAUUCUACAAAUCAUAAUCAUUCUACUCUGCAUCACAUCUUAUUCAAGGAACCAGAUCUGAAAGUUGCUUCUUCAGAUAAAAAAAAUAAUUCAAAGAUGAAUGAUGAACAAAAUCAAGAUGAGGAAACAGAUGAAAAGGAGGAAAGUUCUAAAAAGCAAAAACCUAUUUACAAACAAACUCUAACUAUUCCUUAUCAACUUGGACCUGACUCAACCCUCAUUGUGUAUUACAUCAGAUCAGAUGAUGAAAUUAUUUCUGACAGUAUCAAAAUACCAGUUAAAAAUUGUUUCCCAAAUCCAGUCAGCAUGAUGUUCAAUAAAGAUUCUGCCCAACCGAAAGUUGAUGUCAAACUGAGUGUUAAAGCUACAGCUAAGUCUCUAUGCGCAAUUUCAAUGGUUGAUAAAAGUGUACACAUACUUGGUGGAAACAAUCAGAUAACUCCAGAAAAUGUUUUUGAGAAGAUGUCAGACUACAAUCUUCUCCGAGUUGGUCAAAGAAGAAAGUCAGUAAACUGUAAUUAUAUUUUGCCAGAUUUACCUGGACCUCCUUCGCCACCCUCAGAGCCAAUAAGGCCACCUGUUAUUGCUGAUAAUCUAGAUUUGACUAGACAGACAAAUGAAUCUGAUAGACUUCAAGUUAAGCAAAACAGAAAAAAGAAAAAAGUGCGCAAACAAGUUAAGAAUAAAGCAAGACGCAAAAACAGAAAGGAAAAACUUAGAAAGAAAGAAGAUGUCUUAAGCCGGCAAAGGAGGUCUUAUAUAUUACCUUCAUCUACGUAUGCUGAUGCUGCAGAGCGUUUGAGUUCAACAUGUGUUGGUUUAACAGCCACAGGUUUGGCAGUACUUACUGAUUUGACUUUAGAAACCAAGCCUUGUGGUUUUGAUUAUUUUCGAAAUGGAGACAAUAUUGGUUUGCCUGGACCAAUGUAUCAAUUCGGCCCUCUUGUAGAUGUCGGAAGACCACUUACUAUGAAACUUUCGGCGGGGCAAUCAACACCUGACUCAACAGAAACACGUUCUUUCUUCCCAGAAACCUGGCUAUGGGAUAUUGAAGUUGUUGGGCCUGAUGGAAUGUUUACUACAAAUAAGAAAGUUCCAGAUACUAUUACAACUUGGAUUGGAAAUGCAAUUUGCUCCAAUAAAGAAGCUGGCAUUGGGGUUUCAGAACAAGUCAGUUUUAAUGUUUUCAAACCAUUUUUUGUAUCAUACACUUUACCAUAUUCUGCAGUUCGUGGGGAAAAAGUACCAUUGAUUAUAUCAGUGUUCAACUACCUGACUUCAUGUUUAACUGUGAAGCUACAGUUGGUGACCUCCAAAGACUUUGUUAUUCACAAACAUCCUAAUAAAACCAGCCUGUGUAUCUGCAGUGACAAGCCUCAAGUUGUUGAGUAUGUUAUCAUUCCACAAGAAAUUGGUGAAAUCGACAUCAAUGUCACAGCGAAAGCAUUGAAUGAGAGAAGUUCAUGUGAUUCCAAAGGAUUUCAAAUCAAGCAGAGUUCUGAAGAUAAUUUAUCAAGGAAACUUCUUAUAACAGCUGAAGGACUUCUCAGAGAAUAUACAUAUAAUUCCUUCUUUUGUUUAGAAGCUGAUGAAGACUCUGUUAAAGUGGAUACUGUUAGGCUGGAUCUUCCCAAAACUCAUUUGGUUCCAGAAUCAUCCAGAGCCUUUGUUUCAGUCAUUGGAGAUCUUAUGGGACCAACUCUGUCUGGUCUGGAAAACCUUGUUAAAAUGCCUUAUGGAUGUGGAGAACAAAAUAUGGUUGGAUUUGUACCAAAUAUCUAUGUUAUGCAAUAUUUAAAAAAUAUUGACAAAAAAGAUUCCUCAUUGAUUCCUUUAGCCACCAAAUACAUGGAGAAAGGUUACCAAAGAGAAUUACAGUAUCAACAUGAAGAUGGAACUUUUAGUGCAUUUGGCAAAAAUGACAAACAAGGAAGCACUUGGCUCACUGCAUUUGUCUUGAAAUCUUUUGCCCAGGCCAAAGAUUUUAUAUUCAUAGAUGAAUCAAUAAUUUCAAAUAUUAUGUUCUGGUUUCACAUCAACCAAAUGGAAAAUGGUUGUUUUCAUGAAUUCGGUAAAGUCUGGAGUAGUUAUCUGAAAGGUGGAUUACAGAGUAAUGGUGACAUUCCAUUGACAGCAUAUUCUGUAAUUGCAAUUCUCGCGACUUAUGCUCCAAAUCAUAAUUUAACUUCAAUGGAUAUUAUAAACAAUGCUAUGGCAUGUUUAUCAAAAGCUGAAGUGAAUGAUACAUACACAUUAGCUUUAAUGCAUUAUGCUUUUGUACUGUCUGGAAGUAAUGAUGAAAAGAAGAAUGCUUUAAGAGAAGAAUUGAUGAAUCGAGUUAUACGUGAUGAUGGAAACAUGUAUUGGACCAGAGACAACAAAAAACUUGAACCUAAAGAAACUGAUCCUUGGUUACUCUAUGGACAAGCUUCCUCUGCUGAAGUGGAGAUCACAUCAUAUGUUUUAUUGGGUAUUUUGGAAGAUGAAGGUAUGAGUGCAGUGGCCCAUACCUUACCAGUUAUACAGUGGCUUACAAAACAAAGGAAUCCAUAUGGAGGUUUCACCUCAACACAAGACACAGUACUUGCAUUACAAGCCUUGGCACAAUAUGCCAAAUUCACUUACAGAGAUGGACUUAAUAUGUAUAUUGCAGUAAAAGGAGAUGAAUUUGAGGAGGAGUUCUUGGUAGAUGAUAUCAAUAGCUUGGUAUUAAAGACAGAAGAGAUCAAAAUCUUACCUAAUGAAAUAAAAUUGAAGGCCAAAGGAGCUGGAUGUGCCUUAGUUCAGAUGAAUGUCAAGUACAAUGUGUUUGAAAUUAUUGCCAAUACAUCACCAUUAAGACUAAAAGUGUUCCCUGUCUACACUGAUGGAAAAUGUGACCGAGCUACACUACGUAUUAGUGUUGGUGAUUUGUCUAACAGCACCAAUAUGGCGGUUUCUGAGAUCAAACUCCCAACAGGCUGGGUGGUAUAUCGACCAUCUUUGAAAGAACUGGAAUCGUCUACCAAUGGCUUAGUAAAACGAGCUGAAGUACAGGAUGCUGAUACUCAAGUGAACAUCUACUUUGAACAGCUACCAGCUAGAGAGGAGACAUUUUCUUUCCAAGUUGUCCAAAAUAUAGUUCUUGAAGAGACAAAGCCAGCGACCUCUGUACUGUAUUAUUAUUACGAAAAACAAAUUCGUACUGCUUAUGUAUUUAACCUGACAACAAGAUGUGGUAAGGAUAAACCAACCAGUGGCCAUGAAAAAAAUUCAACUGAAGAAAUACAGAAGAGAUGCCCAGUGUGUUUUGAUACAGUUCCUGAAAACUUCAUGGAUAUUUUCUGUAAAUCUUUUGCCACUUAUAAAGUUGGUUUGAUGAACGCCCCUACAAAAUUGAAGAUUUAUUCAAAUGAAAGACCCAAGCCAAGAGAAAUAAUAAACUCAGCAGUUAAGCUUGAUAUUGAUAGUAAUUGUAAAUGUGACAAUUUGAAACAUAAAGUAUCCUCCACACUAGCAGUUGUAACCAGGAAAAAUCUCUAUGAUGCUGCUGCCAAGAAGAUUCAGCUAAAUGAAUAUUCUUCAAUAUUUCCAACUUCUAUGAUCAAAAAUAUUCGUACGGAGUUGAAGACAUCUUCAUGCAAAAUCGGUGCAUAGUCUGUUCUGCACUACUACUGGGCAUUUAAUGCUUUCAUCCUCUUCACUAAUAUUAACUCAGUUUCCUGUACUUGGAAGUUAAUGAAUUUUCAAUUUUUUUUAUUUCUCUUUCUAUCAUAUGCUUUUCAUCCUUUAUAUUUAAACAUAUAUAGAUAAGGGAAUUGUCUUAGAGUAUUUUCUUUUAUAUUACUACUCUCACCAAUUUAUAUGGCUGAUGCAAUAUAUUUUUAGCUGAAUUUAAGUCUAUUGGAGGAUCUUACCAUUCCAGAGAAAAUGUUUAGCAGUAGUUUUUUCUGACUUUACAUUCUGAGUUUGACUUUGCCUUUCAUCCUUUUCAGGGGUGAUAAAAUAAGUACCAGUCAACAUAGGGAUCGAUGUAUUGAUGUAAUCAACUAGCACCCUCCCAACAAAUUUUGGGCAUUGUACUUAUAGUAAAAAGAAUUGUAUACUCUUGAUAUAAGAUAUUAUCAAUUCAGUUAUACCUACCACUGAUAUAAAAAUAUUCUAUUUUUACAUAUUUCUCCAAUGUAGUUACAAUUACAAACCUCUUUUGUAAGAAAUUUAGUUGACUUUAGAUCUGUAUUACUGAUAUAAUUACCACUAUGUUAAUACUACUAUAUAAAGAUUGUUUAACUCAUUUUAGUUAAAAUACCAAUAGAGUUAACAAUACAUACCAGUCAGAUAAGAUAUCUUGAUGUUAAUUCUAGAUCAUCACUUAGCAACCAUCACAUAUCUAGUAUCUCUUGAUUGUUCACUCUAUAGGACUUAGUUUACUCUUUCUGUAUUUUUACUUUAAUAUCAUGUAUAAAAACAUUCUACAUCAUUAUUUUAGAAAUCUUUGAAUAAAAACUGAGUAAACUGAU